CAGCCGUCUCCCCGCUUGGCAAUCGUAGAGUGUCCUAUUCUACCUUUUACUUCCACGCUGGCCAUGGCGAGUCGAGGGGCUAGGCAGCGCCUUAAGGGAAGCGGGAGCAGUGGCGGAGACACAGGCUGGGCCGCGGACAAGCUGCGGGAGCUGCUGAGCAGCCGGGAGGCGGGCAGCGCGGAGCCCCGGACCCAGUUAUCUGGGAACAAAGCAGGACAAGUUUGGGCACCUGAAGGAUCUACUGCUUUCAAAUGUUUGCUCUCAGCAAGGUUAUGUGCUGCUCUCCUGAGCAACAUCUCUGACUGUGAUGAAACAUUCAACUACUGGGAACCAACACACUACCUCAUCUAUGGGAAGGGGUUUCAGACUUGGGAGUAUUCUCCAGUUUAUGCCAUUCGCUCCUAUGCUUAUUUGUUGCUUCAUGCCUGGCCAGCUGCAUUUCAUGCAAGAAUUCUACAAACUAAUAAGAUUCUUGUCUUUUACUUUUUACGAUGUCUUCUGGCUUUUGUGAGCUGUAUCUGUGAACUUUACUUUUACAAGGCUGUGUGCAAAAAGUUUGGGCUGCAUGUAAGUCGCAUGAUGCUAGCCUUCUUGGUUCUCAGCACUGGCAUGUUCUGCUCGUCUUCAGCAUUUCUUCCUAGUAGUUUCUGUAUGUAUACUACACUGAUAGCCAUGACUGGCUGGUAUAUGGACAAGACUUCCAUUGCUGUGCUUGGAGUAGCAGCUGGGGCUAUUGUAGGCUGGCCAUUCAGUGUGGCUCUUGGCUUACCUAUUGCCUUUGAUGUCCUGGUCAUGAAACGCUGGUGGAAGAGCUUCUUUCAUUGGGCACUGGUGGCUCUAAUACUCUUUCUGGUGCCUGUGGUGCUCAUUGAUAGCUACUAUUAUGGGAAGUUGGUGAUUGCACCACUCAACAUUGUUUUGUAUAAUGUUUUUACUCCACAUGGACCUGAUCUUUAUGGUACAGAACCCUGGCAUUUCUAUUUAAUGAAUGGAUUUCUGAAUUUUAAUGUAGUCUUUGCCUUGGCUCUCCUGGUCUUACCACUGACUUCUCUCAUGGAACACCUACUGCAGAGAUUUCAUGUUCAGAAUUUAGGCCACCCAUAUUGGCUUACCUUGGCUCCAAUGUAUAUCUGGUUUAUAAUUUUCUUCAUCCAGCCCCACAAAGAAGAGAGAUUUCUUUUCCCUGUAUAUCCACUUAUAUGUCUCUGUGGCGCUGUGGCCCUGUCUGCACUUCAGAAAUGUUACCACUUCAUGUUUCAGCGAUACCGCCUAGAGCAUUAUACUGUGACUUCAAAUUGGCUGGCACUAGGAAUACUGUUCCUAUUUGGACUCUUAUCCUUUUCUCGCUCUGUGGCACUGUUCAGAGGCUAUCAUGCACCCCUCGAUUUAUAUCCAGAAUUUUACCGAAUUGCUACAGACCCAACCAUUCACACUGUCCCAGAAGGACGACCUAUUAAUGUCUGUGUAGGAAAAGAGUGGUAUCGAUUUCCUAGCAGCUUCCUCCUGCCUGAUAAUUGGCAACUUCAGUUCAUUCCAUCUGAGUUCAGGGGCCAGUUACCAAAACCUUUUGCGGAGGGACCACUGGCUACCCGGCUUGUUCCUACUGACAUGAACGACCAGAACUUGGAGGAGCCGUCGAGAUAUAUCGACAUCAGUAAAUGCCAUUAUUUAGUGGAUUUGGACAUCAUGAGAGAAACACCCCGGGAGCCAAAAUAUGCAUCCAAUAGAGAAGAAUGGAUCAGCUUGGCCUACAGACCAUUCCUUGAUGCUUCCAGAUCUUCAAAGCUACUACGGGCAUUUUAUGUCCCCUUCCUGUCAGAACAGUAUACAGUGUAUGCAAACUACACCAUCCUCAAACCCCGGAAAACAAAGCACAGCAGGAAGAAAAGUGGAGGUUAGCAGCACACCUCUGACCCCAAAGGACAACCAUCUGUUCUAAUGAUUACACUGACAGGACUCCCUCCAAGUCAUCGCUUGUAACAUUUGUAAUAAAGGCCAUCUGACACCGAA